UUUCCCCUUUCCGUUUUCAUCCCUUGAUCCACCCUUGGAGACUAGCCAGAACAGCUCACGCGACUUUAAGCUCCGGAUCAACCGAUCGUCACUAGGCUUCUACUCCCGAGACCGUACUUAACCCGCACACAUUCUGCGCUAAAUGGCUUUCUCCAAUCCCCUCCUUGGUCACUCUCGUCCAGUUUCAUCCACAAACCUCGCAGCAAUGUACAACACAGGAUUCAGCUUUGAUGAAGAGGCUACCAACCCUUUCUUGGACCGUGACCUCAAGUACUUCUCAGAGGCCGGUUUCGACAUGGAGCGCAUCCAUCUCCGUCGUAACGCUCCCGUUGCUCAGCUGUACGAGGAGGCCAUUCGCAACGAAGGCGCCGUCCUUGCCGACUCGGGUGCGCUGAUCAACUUCUCUGGGAAGAAGACCGGUCGCAGCCCCAAGGACAAGCGUAUCGUCUAUGAGGAGACGAGCAAGGAUCAGGUCUGGUGGGGACCCGUCAACAUCAAGAUGGACGAGCACACCUUCGAGAUUAACCGUGAGCGUGCGAUUGACUACCUCAACACCCGCGACCUUGUCUACGUGUUCGAUGGUUAUGCCGGUUGGGACCCCAAGUACAGGAUCAAGGUCCGCGUGAUCUGCGCUCGCGCAUACCAUGCGUUGUUCAUGAACAACAUGCUUAUCCGUCCUACUGCUGAGGAGCUCAAGACCUUCGGCGAGCCCGACUUUAUCAUCUACAACGCUGGCCAGUUCCCUGCCAACCGCUUCACCACCGGCAUGACCUCGACCACUUCCGUCGAAGUCAACUUCAAGCGUAUGGAGAUGGUCAUCCUCGGCACGGAAUACGCCGGCGAGAUGAAGAAGGGUAUCUUUAGCGUGAUGCACUAUCUCAUGCCCGUCAAGUUUGGCCAGCUUUCGCUCCAUUCUUCUGCUAACGAGGGCCGCGAGAAGGGGGAUGUCACUCUCUUCUUCGGUCUGUCUGGCACUGGCAAGACCACCCUUUCUGCUGACCCUAAGCGCAUGCUUAUCGGCGACGACGAGCACGUGUGGUCCGACGACGGUGUCUUCAACAUCGAAGGUGGCUGCUAUGCCAAGUGCAUCAACCUGUCCGCCGAGAAGGAGCCCGAGAUCUUCAACGCGAUCAAGUUCGGUUCCGUGCUCGAGAACGUCGUCUUCGACCCUCGUUCCCGCAAGCCCGACUACGACGACGUCUCCAUUACGGAGAACACGCGUUGCGCGUACCCGAUCGAGAACAUCCCCAGCGCGAAGAUCCCCUGCCUGUCCGAGCGCCAGCCAAGCAACAUCAUCAUGCUCACGUGUGACGCGUAUGGUGUCCUCCCGCCCAUCUCCCGCCUCACCCCCGAGCAGGCGCAGUACCACUUCAUCGCUGGCUACACCUCCAAGACCCCUGGCACGGAAGACGGUGUGCUCGAGCCCAUCCCGACCUUCUCCACCUGCUACUCAGCGCCAUUCAUCAUCCUGCACCCCUCGCGCUACGCGAAGAUGCUCGCCGAGCGCAUGUCGAAGCACAAGACCGCGUGUUACCUGAUCAACACCGGCUGGACCGGUGGCAAGUACGGCCCCGAGUCUAACCCCGCUUCGGGCAAACGCUGCCCGCUCAAGUACACCCGUGCGAUCGUCGACGCCGUCCAUGCAGGGUACUUCAACACCCCCGAAGCAGAAUUCGAAAAGUUCCCAGUGUUCAACCUCAAUAUCCCCAAGCACGUCCCUGGUGUGCCUGACGAGCUCCUGAACCCUGCGCGCGCGUGGCGUGAUCCGGAAGCGUUUGAGCGCGAGUGCGAGAAACUGGGCGGGAUGUUCCAGAAGGCUUUCCGCGUUUACUCGGAUGUGGUGAGCGAGGAGGUACGCAACGCGGGCCCUAUCAUCGACUGAGUCGAGCCUGGCUCUGGCUCGGGCGUCGAACUCCAGUCCAAACGGACGGAGGGACGGACGAACGGAUCGGAUGGGAAAAAAUGGGGAAAAGAAAGGAGAAGGGGAACGUAGGGCUGCUUGGGCAAAUACCCUCGCUUAGCCCGGGGAUUGUAAACUUACACUUACCUUGCAACACUGACGAUCCACACGCGGAUCUAUGAAUUCCACUUUCUUUGUAUACAACAACAGUCAUGCGCUCGUUGAUAAUGAACUCAUUUGCACAUGA